GUUGGACAGGUCUUUGGCACGAAUCAGGUCCCUAUUUUGUGCUGACAGUUUUUCAACAUGCCUCGAUGGACAUUUGUGCUGAGUGGGAUUUGUGUGGUAGAUUCUGCUCUUAUAGCAGCAUAGGGCAGGAGGGGAGUACAGUAGCAGAGCCUGUGUUGUCCAUGUGAUCAGCUGGCAGACAGCAGCUUGCAGAGCAGGCAUUCUCGGGUGUCAGGGACAGAGAGAAAAGAGCACGCUGCAGAACUGCAGGAGACACAGAAAGGACCUGCUGUAUUUCUGACUAAUCGUUAAAUUGAUCUAACAGCAAUGGCUAAAAACCUUCUGAAAAAUCCCUGUGGGGAAGAGCAGAUGGAUUUCUGGGAGCUGACAGAGAACGGAGGCAGUCAGUGGCGAGUGGAGGACAUGCCUGGAGACUGUGGACAUUCCAUCAGUGAUGAUGACAUCAAGCAAUACUUUGCCACCUCCUUUGAGCUAUGCCUGAAAAGACAGGUGGUUGACCUCGUGGCAGAGGGGUACACUCCAGAGGAUCUAGACACACAGCCAGUUGUCAAUGUAGAAGACUGGUAUUGUGGACGCACAGACUGUGGCUGCACAUACCAACUGACUGCAUGUCUGCUUGAUGAAAAUCAGGAGGUACUUGCAGAAUUUAAGCCUGACAAUGUGACCCUUGACCCAGACUCUGAUGACUGCUCUUGGAAACAGGUGAACCACUCCUUCUCAGAGUACGGCGAGGGGCUGCGCUUCAUCUCAUUUGAGCAUGGUGGACAGGACAGCCGCUUCUGGCAUGGAUGGUUUGGGGUCAGAGUGACAGGAAGUGGAGUCAGAGUGGAGCUCUAAAGGUUAGAUUCAGUCAGAAGAGAGAAUAGGAAUUCAGGGGAUGACAAUAGGUGAAAAAAUUAAAAAAAUUAAAAGAUAAACAAUAGAACAAGGUGGAGGACCUUCAAGAGAGAAAAUGUGUGGACCACUGUGAAUGAGCUGGCUAGUUCUGAACUGCAUAGUACUUAGAGUGGCUACCUAACACAAAUGUUUCUGAUCCCUAGUAUUUAUUGAACACAACACCCUUUGAAGCAUUAUGCAAAAUGUGUGCACAAGACAGGAAUUCAAAUGUUGUGGUUCUAACUACUACCUCCUCUGCUUAGUAAAACCGCACCUGCUGCUAUGCUGCUUAACUUCUGCACUAAUACCUUAAAUGCUGUGAAGCUAAAAAUGCACCUGAACCCUAGAUUAUGUUUUCAGUCAUUUUUGUCCUCGACAGACAACAAUAAAUUAGAUGACUUGA